UUUUUUUAUCUUAAUAUAAAAAGCAAAGGGUAGCAGGGUAGCAGACUUUAAGAAAGGACGUGGAUACUGCAAGUGUUUAAAAGGGAAGAUGAAACUUUCUUGCAUCCUUGUUCUUGCGGGCGCUUUUAUUUUUCAAGCGUCAGCUGAGCAAAUAUUGACUGAUGAAGAAAUACAAAUGAUGAGAAAUAAUAAUUACACGAUAACUGUAGACGUGGACAGUAGCACUAUCACGUAUGAACAUACUGGAGUGCCCGACCAUACAUCUGAUAAAGGAUGGGGAAAUAAUAAUGAUGCAGAAAUAGUCAAUCACAGAUAUACACUUCCUCUUAAACCUACUGUUUCUUCUCCAAAGGGUUGUGCAGGAGGGCUUGGUGUUGUAGGGCUUGCAGUUAGUGGUGCGGCGUUUUAUAACCCCUAUACUGGAUUCGGAUGGGACGCUGUUCAUGGUGAAUGUGCGGAGGAGCUUGACAGCUGCAGGGGUCAUCCAAGUCCUAAUGGAGCAUAUCACUAUCACGGUGUCCCGGAAUGCCUUUAUACAGGAGAUCUUGCAGACAAGUUCUUAGGUGUAGCUCUAGACGGUUAUCCAAUCUACGGACCAAUGGACAGCACUGGUAAAAACUGGACCUCUGCCGAGUUAGACAAGUGUCAUGGACAUACAUAUAAUGGAAGGUACAUGUAUAGAGCAACAUAUGACUUUCCAUAUCUGAUCAGUUGUUUCCAUGGAAACAGUGUUAAAGCUCAACAGUCGGGACCAGGUGGUGGCAAUGGUGGCAAUGAAACACGACCACCACCAAUGGACGGCAGACCCCCGGGCGAUGGGCCUCCAAAUAAUGAUGGUCCAAAUGGCGGUGGAGAGAUGACAGGGAAAUGUUUUACUGCUAACUACCGAAACUGGGACUCUGAGAUUUGUUACGUUGUGUGUAAGAAUCCAGGAAACGAUCUUGAAAACUGUUCAGAGAAUGAUAUUGGCGGAAGCACGUCGGUUUUCGAUGCUUUAUCUGUAAUAUACAUCCUUGUCGCAGCGUUCGUUGUUACGCAUUUUUGCCAUUGAACAAUAUGAAUUUCAAUUAACAGUCGUGAAUUGCUUUUAGCCCUGUAGCCAUAUCAUGGUAUAUAACAUAUAAUAUUCGAUACUUUUCUAGGACUCUGUUUUGCAAAUAAGUAACAUGUUUUGAAAAAUACAACAAUCAAGUUAUUUUAAACUUACAUACGCGCAGAAAUUAAAUUGUAUAAACUCAUAUAAUUGUGCAAUAAAAGAUUGGAAAACAAUGUGCAAUAAAAUAGAAAAAAAUAGUUUUAGAAGUUAAUUUAUGUAAAUAGAUCACGUUAAAAAUAAUUUGAAUGUGAAUGAACUUUCUUAUGUUUAUUAAAGCUACUAACCUACA